AUACAACUGAAACUGAUUUGUUUCCAUUUCAGAGAUGAACGGAACCAGUCAAUUAUUGUAAGUGGAGAAUCUGGAGCUGGAAAAACAGUCUCUGCUAAAUAUGCUAUGAGAUAUUUUGCCACUGUAAGCGGGUCUGCAAGUGAAGCUAAUGUCGAAGAGAGAGUAUUGGCUUCCAAUCCUAUAAUGGAGUCUAUUGGGAAUGCCAAAACCACACGGAACGACAACAGUAGCCGCUUCGGAAAGUACAUUGAAAUAGGUUUUGAUAAAAGGUUUCGAAUCCUUGGUGCCAACAUGAGAACUUACCUCUUAGAAAAAUCACGAGUGGUAUUUCAGGCAGAAGAAGAGAGAAAUUAUCAUAUCUUCUACCAGCUCUGUGCUUCUGCAACGUUACCUGAAUUUAAAACUUUGCGGUUAGGAAAUGCAAGCUAUUUUCACUAUACAAUGCAAGGAGGCAGUCCAGUCAUUGAUGGAAUUGAUGAUGCCAAGGAGAUGAUGAACACCAGGCGGGCUUGCACUUUGUUGG